AUGUCCCUGGCCGAGGCCAUCAGACUCUGGAAUGAAGGGGUGCUGGCAGCCGACAAGAAGGACUGGAAGGGAGCCCUGGAUGCCUUCAGUGCAGUCCAGGACCCCCACUCCCGGAUUUGCUUCAACAUGGGCUGCAUGCACACGAUCCUGGAAAACAUGCCUGAGGCAGAGAAGGCCUUUACUAAAAGCAUUAACCAAGACAAGCACUUGGCGGUGGCUUACUUCCAACGAGGGAUGCUCUGCUACCAGAUGGAGAACUAUGAUUCAGCUAUUAAAGAUCUUAAAUGUGCUUUGACUCAGCUUCGAGGGAACCAGCUGAUAGACUACAAGAUCCUGGGGCUACAGUUCAAGCUGUUUGCCUGUGAGGUGUUAUAUAAUAUUGCUUUAAUGUACGCCAGAAAAGGGGAAUGGAAAAAGGCUGAAGAGCAGUUAGCAUUGGCUACGAGAAUGAAGUCUGAGCCCAGACAUUCCAAAAUCGACAAAGCCACAGAGUGUGUCUGGAAGCAGAAGCUGUACGAGCCAGUGGUGAUCCCUGUGGGCAGGCUGUUUCGACCGAAUGAGAGACAAGUGGCUCAGCUGACCAAAAAGGAUUACCUUGGCAAGGCUACGGUCGUGGCGUCUGUGGUAGAUCAAGACAGUUUCUCUGGGUUUGCCCCUCUGCAACCACAGGCAGCUGAGCCUCCACCCAGACCCAAAACACCAGAGAUCUUCAGGGCUCUGGAAGGGGAGGCUCACCGUGUGCUGUUUGGGUUUGUGCCUGAGACACAAGAGGAGCUCCAAGUCAUGCCAGGGAACAUUGUCUUUGUCUUGAAGAAGGGCAUGGAUAACUGGGCCACAGUCAUGUUCAACGGGCAGAAGGGGCUUGUUCCCUGCAACUACCUUGAACCAGUUGAGCUGCGGAUCCAUCCUCAGCAGCAGCCCCAGGAGGAAACCUCCCUGGAGUCUUACAUCCCAGCUCCUCCCAGUUCCAAUGCCCCUGGAAGACCCCAGUUGUCACCAGGUCAGAAACAAAAAGAAGAGCCCAAGGAAGUAAAGCUCAGGGUCCCCAUGCCCUACACACUCAAGGUGCACUACAAGUACACGGUGGUCAUGGAGACUGAGCCCGGGCUCCCCUACAGCCAGGUCCGGGACAUGGUGUCUAAGAAACUGGAGCUUCUGCUGGAACACACUAAGCUGAGCUAUCGGCUUCAGGACAGCAAUGAGCUGGUGCCCCUUUCAGAAGAUAGCAUGAAGGAUGCCUGGGGCCAAGUGAAAAACUACUGCCUGACUCUGUGGUGUGAGAACACUGUGGGUGACCAAGGCUUCCCAGAUGAACCCAGGGAAAGUGAAAAAUCUGAUGCUAAUCACCAGACAGCAGAACCUCAGCUUAAAGAAGGAAGCCAAGUGGUAGCACUCUUCAGUUAUGAGGCUACCCAACCAGAGGACCUGGAGUUUCUGGAAGGGGAUGUAAUUCUGGUGCUAUCAAAGGUGAAUGAAGAAUGGUUGGAAGGGGAGUGCAAAGGGAAGGUUGGCAUUUUCCCCAAAGCUUUUGUUGAAGAAUGUGCAACUAUGGAUUUGGAAAACACUCCUAGAAGAGUCUAG